GACGUGGGUCCUAAACUCGAAGGUCGGAGAAUUGUUUGCAAGAUGGCAGCGUCCACGAGAACACAGGUGCUCUCUCUUUAUCGCCUGCUUAUGAAGGAAAGCAGUAAAUUACCGUCUUAUAAUUUCAGGACGUAUGCCUUGAGGCGGGUGCGGGAUGCUUUCAGGGCCAACCAGAGCAUCAAAGACCCUAAGGUGGUGGAGAAACUUUUAAAGCAGGGCAAAGACAAUCUAGGCAUCAUCAGGAGACAGGUGACCAUAGGCAAGAUGUAUACAACCCAGAAGACUAUUGUUGAAGGAUAGGUGGACUUCUGAUGGACAUCCUGGCAUUGAUGGAGUGUCUCGGAAGGAGGGGAAACAAAGUCCAAGAGACCAUGGAACACAUAGCACUCAACCUCACUUCCCACAGCACCCAUUGAAUGAUUAUGGGAUAUGCAUUGUGAAACCCUAUGGGUUGGGCAUACUGUGCCCUUUCCAAUGGGUGCUUUAACUUGAUGUGUCUGUGCUAACCUAGAACAAACAUGUACUUUCUUGUGGUUCCCCAUGAGAGCAUUGAGAAGCCCUUACCUAGACAUUUUGUGUUGACUAUGGACCAAUAGUAGAACUGAACAUCAAAUGGGCGCUAUAUCUUAAUGUGACCUAGCUGUCUUGUAGGCAGUCGAGAUUCCACCAUAUUGCAUAUACGUGUCAUAUUGCAUAUUAUUCCGUGAGCAUUUUGUGAGCAGUAACAAUUUAAACAGUACGCAGACUGUUUACAGACAGCCUUGAUUUCCUUGUUAUAUUUUUGAAAGUUGUUUUCAAUUGUGUGUUGUAUAUAGGAUUGGUUUAUAUCCUGGUUGCAAAUAAAUAUAUUUAAAUAUACAAAAGUGUUCCAAAAUACAACAAAUUAUAUGUAAUAUAGUUAAAUGCUAAUAAAACUCAACAAAUACAUGAACUAUUAUGUCAUUGUUUCAAUUUAGAAUUUUUAAGUAUAUCUCAAUGUUUAUGCUUUUGAUAAACAGAGUAAAUAUAUUAAUGUCUAAAUCACUUUACUGUUUUCAAACUCUUUAUUCCUGACCCAGUCAAUACAGCACUGGCAAGGACAGGGGUUUGAUUCUCGCUGGGGCCACAUUUACAUAAUGCUUGUAAGCCUCACUUUAAGUCUGUUUAGAUAAAAGCACCCACUAAAUGGCUAUUACUGUUAUUAUCAUUGUUAUACCAAAGUUUUAUAAGCCAUUAAAGCAGCUUUAGGGAGAUAAUGAAAAUGUGAUACUCAUUUUUGUGUGUGUAUUGUAUGUAGUAAAGUGAAUGUAUCCCAGAAUGGGACCUGUGUUAAUAAUAGCCCCUUUUGUUGGUUUUGGAUGAGCAGCGACUUAGUAGCAGGCCGAGACAGGUUUAAAGAUCAUAUUACUCAACUAAUAAUGUGUCAACAUUGUAAGAUUCCCCAUAUGUCUUCUAAAUAUCUUGUCAUCUUAUCAGCUUUUUAAGGGUAAUAAUCAAAAGCAGUUAGAAGUACAAUGAAAAUCAAGGGUUCAAAUUACAUAAUUUUAAUCUGUUCUUCAAUGAGCUUGUCUUGCUUAAUGGGCCAAUAGAAUAGUCCCAAAGAGCAAGUCCUGACUAGCUGGCACCACAAGCAGAUAGUAUUUAAACCCAAGAGGCAUCACUAUAAAACUGUUGGGACUGAGGCUGUUUUAAGAACAAAGGCUACUUAAUAAGGAUAGGUUGUAUUCAUUUUCAACAGAGUAUUCUGCAUUUAUUAGAACAUUUGGUCUACUUCAUUGUUCGGUAUACAGAAACCCAACUGAUGGCCUGAAACAUUAACAACAUUUUCUGAGGUUACAACAUAACAUCAUAAACAUACAUUUGCCAUUUAAGGUGUAGAGCAACUUUGCAUCCCACCCAAAUCUAUAUUUACAUUCAGUUUAGUAGGCCAAGGUCUUCUGUGUGGAUGUUGUCCAGAGAGACUCUAACAUUGCUGCACAGCCCUUCUGUGUUGACAGAGUAAAUAACUCCACGUGAUUGCCGAUUGGCCUCUUGAACAUUGGUCGGGGGACGUGUAUAGGACAACCUGACAGCCACCACGCUGUGCUGUAGUGAUGGGCACAUGACGCCAUAAACCAGGGAAGCGACAUGGCAUCACUGGCGUGCGUGUUGUGCUCGCAUCCUCGUCAGCGGUACCUCAAAAACACUGGAGGAGUUUUGUUAAAUGUAAUGUCAUCCUAAUCUACACACGGCAUGUGAUCAACAAAGACCCUAUACAUGGAACAACUAUUCCAGAAUAUCAUAUUGCGACGGUAUGCAAUACCUUUUCCUAGUUACAGCAUAUAGGUGUGUUAUUUAUGGUGUACAUAUAUUGGAUGAAAAGCCAAUUCCAACCUUCACCCCUAAACAUAUCUGGUACAAUAUAUUGUAUAUUGUUGUUGUUCGGGCAGAAUUUAUUUUAACUGCAAAUGUGUCCACCUGCUUUUUGAAAAUGAAUGCCAGUGGGCACUGUAUGAUUCUUAAGGGUGUGGUAUAUGGUCCAUAUACUUUAAGCACAACACAUCGUGGUUUGUUAACCGCAGUACGUGGGCAAUAUACCAA